GUAACACUCAUUGAGAAGUUAGCACUCCCCAACACAAACAGAGCCAAGAUUCAAAAACCCGAAUAUCUAAGCCCUAAUUUUCCCAAAAACCUCAGCUCUUUUAAAACCCCAAAAACCUAACUUGGGUUUUAGAUCAGCGAGCGAGUGGCAAUGACGAAGGUGUAUGGAACAGGGCCGUACGAUUUCAAGCGCCACCAUGUCGCCGAGUACCCGCUCGAGUACCCGGUCGAGGCCAAGCCCGGUUCGGCGCUUCCUAGCUCGAUAACGCUGUCGGAGAUUCAGCGGGACCGGCUCACGAUGAUUGCCGCCGAUAAUUGGUCCAAAACCCUAGACGCGUCGAAGCCCAAGAAGCCCUUCGAACCGGAGCUAGUGAAGGUGAUUUAUCGGACGGAGUUGUCAGUUGAAGAGGGUCAGAGAAGGGCCGUCCCGUCACAGAGGGUGAUGAUUCUGGAGGUCAGUCAGUACUUGGAGAACUAUCUGUGGCCAAAUUUUGACCCCGAAACCGCGACCUUCGAGCACGUUAUGUCCAUGAUUCUCAUUGUCAAUGAGAAGUUUCGAGAGAAUGUCGCAGCUUGGGCGUGCUUUUAUGACCGGAAAGAUGUGUUCAAAGGAUUCCUUGAGAGGGUUCUUCGGCUUAAAUCGGGAAGAGAGUUAAGCAUAGCUGAGAAGACAAAUUAUUUAGUGUUCAUGAUUAAUGCCUUUCAGAGUUUGGAAGAUGAGAUCGUGAGCGAUACUGUCCUUAGGUUAGCAAGUUUGCAAUCUUGGCACAGUCUGUCGUACGGUCGUUUUCAGAUGGAACUUUGUUUUAAUCCUGAUUUGAUCAGGAAAUGGAAAAGGAUGAUCAAGAGGGAGGCCAAAGAGGCUGCAAAACGCGGAGAUGCAUUUGACCCUUCAACUACACUUGAAGUUCAGUUCUUGAGAAACCUCAUUGAAGAGUUCCUUGAGAUACUUGAUUCCAAGGUUUUAGCCCCGGAUCCUAGUAUGAAUGAAGAUUAUCACCUUGCUGAUGCUAUGCGUGUCGAUGAUGCUUGUGUUUUGUACUGUGAGAGGUUUAUGGAAUUUCUUAUUGACCUCUUAAGCCAACUACCAACAAGGAGGUACUUGAGGCCGCUUGUUUCUGAUGUGGCUGUAGUUGCCAAAUGCCACUUGAGUGCUCUGUAUAGACACGAGAAGGGGAAACUCUUUGCACAGUUGGUCGACUUGCUGCAGUUUUAUGAAGGAUUUGAGAUUAAUGAUCAUGUUGGGACACAACUGACAGAUGAUGAGGUGCUUCAAUCUCAUUACGAACGCGUGCAAUCUUUCCAGCUACUUGCAUUUAAAAAGGUUCCUAAGUUGCAAGAGCUUGCAUUGGCUAACAUUGGUUCGAUUGACAAGCGCAAUGAUCUCUCAAAGAAAUUGUCUGUUCUUUCUCCUGGUGAAUUGAAGAAUUUGGUUUGUUCAAAGCUGAAGCUGGUUUCAAGGGAUGAUCCAUGGUCUGAAAGGGUUGAUUUCCUUAUUGAAGUCAUGGUUUCCUUUUUCGAAAAGCAACAGUCUCAAAAGGAAAAAAUAAAUGCCCUUCCACUGUACCCAAAUGAGCUCAUCAUGUGGGAUGAAAGCCUUGUGCCAAGCAUCAAUUACUCUGGAGAAGGUUGUCUGGCCCUUCCAAAACUGAACUUACAAUUUUUAACAUUACAUGAUUAUCUCCUCAGAAAUUUCAAUCUCUUUCGUCUCGAAUCAACAUAUGAGAUUCGUGAGGAUAUUCAGGAAGUUGUUCCGCAUCUUCAUGCGUACAUUAAUAAUGAAGGAGAAACUGCUUUUCGUGGUUGGUCAAGGAUGGCAGUGCCGAUCAAAGAUUUUAAGAUCAGUGAGGUAAAACAGCCAAAUAUUGGAGAAGUCAAGCCAGCUGCUGUGACAGCAGAAAUUACUUUUAGCAUUUCUAGUUAUAGAGGACAGAUGAGAUCAGAAUGGAAUGCUCUUAAAGAGCAUGAUGUCCUUUUUUUACUUUCUAUUCGUCCUUCCUUUGAGCCUCUAAGUGCAGAAGAGGAUGGCAAGGCGAGCGUGCCCCAGAGGCUUGGUCUUCAGUAUGUACGGGGUUGUGAAGUCAUCGAGAUUCGUGAUGAAGAGGGAAUUCUAAUGAACGAUUUUACUGGAAGGAUUAAACGGGAUGAAUGGAAGCCUCCAAAAGGAGAACUGAGAACUGUGACCGUUGCUUUAGAUACAGCACAAUACCACAUGGAUGUCAGCAACAUUGCUGCAAAAGGCGCAGAAGAUGUUUAUGGGACAUUCAAUAUAUUGAUGAGGAGAAAGCCCAAGGAAAAUAACUUUAAAGCAAUUUUGGAAUCCAUUAGAGAUCUCAUGAAUGAAUAUUGUAUUGUUCCGGACUGGUUGCACAACAUUUUUCUGGGGUAUGGUAAUCCUUCUGCUGCACAAUGGACUAAUAUGCCAGAUCUUUUGGAAACUGUGGAUUUUAAAGAUACUUUCCUUGAUGCAGACCAUUUGAAAGAAUGUUUUCCAGAUGAUCAGGUUUGUUUUAUUAGUCCAGAUGGCACAGAAAACUUGAAUCCAAGGCCUCCUUUUCGAAUAACACUUCCCAAGACGAUGAGAAGCAACACCAAUGCUCUUCCAGGGAAUAAGAAAUCUACUAAUGAUGUCCCCAUGGAUAAUUCCGAUAGUGAGAAAGAAAAAAUUGUUGUUGAAGCAUACACACCUCCUGACCCAGGUCCGUAUCCCCAAGAUCAGCCAAGGAAGAACUCUGUUAAAUUUACACCCACUCAGGUUGGAGCAAUCAUCUCAGGUAUUCAGCCAGGACUAACAAUGGUCGUGGGUCCACCUGGUACAGGAAAAACUGAUACCGCUGUCCAAAUUCUGAACGUUCUUUAUCAUAAUUGUCCGUCUCAGAGAACAUUGAUAAUUACUCAUUCAAACCAGGCUCUAAAUGACCUUUUUGAGAAGAUUAUGCAGAGGGAUGUGCCUGCACGCUAUCUUCUUCGACUUGGGCAAGGAGAGCAAGAGCUAGCAACUGAUCUGGACUUCAGCCGACAAGGUCGUGUCAAUGCCAUGCUUGUGCGGCGCUUGGAGUUGCUAAGUGAAGUAGAAAGGCUGGCUAGAUCACUCCAGUUGCCUGAGGAUGUAGGUUAUACAUGUGAAACUGCUGGGUACUUUUGGUUGCUUCAUGUUUACUCGCAUUGGGAGCAAUUCCUUGCUGCUUGUAAGGAGAAUAAAGAUAAAACAUCAUUCGUUAAAGAUCGUUUUCCCUUCAAGGAUUUCUUCUCCAACACACUGAAACCAGUCUUUACUGGUGAGUCAUUUGAGAAAGAUAUGUGGGCAGCCAAGGGUUGCUUUCGUCAUCUGAAGACCAUGUUUCAAGAGCUUGAAGAGUGUAGGGCAUUUGAGUUACUGAAGUCUACUGCUGAUCGAGCAAAUUACCUGAUGACCAAGCAGGCAAAGAUAGUUGCCAUGACAUGCACUCAUGCAGCUCUAAAGAGAAAGGAUUUCCUUGAGUUAGGUUUCAAGUAUGACAACUUGCUCAUGGAAGAAAGUGCUCAAAUUUUGGAGAUUGAAACUUUCAUACCAAUGUUGCUCCAGAGGCAGGAAGAUGGUUAUGCUCGGCUUAAACGCUGUAUCCUGAUUGGUGAUCAUCACCAGUUGCCUCCUGUUGUUAAGAAUAUAGCAUUCCAAAAAUACAGCCACAUGGAUCAGAGUCUCUUUACUAGGUUUGUACGUUUGGGCAUUCCUUAUAUUGAACUUAAUGCCCAGGGUAGAGCCAGGCCAAGUAUAGCCAAACUGUACAACUGGAGAUACAGAGAUCUGGGUGACCUUCCAUAUGUAAAGGAGGGUGCCAUAUUUCAUAGAGCAAAUUCUGGAUUUUCCUAUGAAUACCAGUUGGUGGAUGUGCCGGAUUACAAUGGCAGAGGUGAGUCUACACCUUCACCUUAUUUCUUCCAAAAUGUGGGGGAAGCAGAAUACAUUGUCAGUGUCUACAUUUAUAUGCGUCUACUUGGGUACCCUGCAAGCAAAAUCUCCAUAUUGACCACUUACAAUGGCCAGAAGCUUUUAAUCCGCGAUGUUAUCAACAGACGUUGUGCUCCUUAUGACUUCAUAGGCCCUCCCAGCAAGGUUACAACAGUUGAUAAAUUUCAAGGUCAGCAAAAUGACUUUAUACUGCUCUCUCUUGUGCGUACUCGCAUUGUGGGUCACCUUCGUGAUGUUAGGAGAUUGAUUGUUGCAAUGUCUCGUGCCCGACUGGGUCUUUAUGUGUUUUGCCGUCGUUCUUUGUUUGAACAAUGCUACGAACUUCAGCCUACAUUUCAACGUCUACUUCAGAGACCUGAUCACCUUGCCCUUAAUUUGAAUGAGAUUACAUCAAACACUGAGCGUCACGUUGAAGAAACUGGUCCUAUUCAUCUUGUCAGCAGUGUUGAUGAGAUGAUUGGUAUCUACCAGCAGCUUUAUGAGGUAAAGUUUCAUCAGUACAUGCCUUAUUCAGGUCAAGUAGGUGAACUCCUUCCGAUUGAUACAGAUGCGCACCAUCCCAUGGAUACAGAUAUGCCUGAAACUUCCGAAGAGGCACCAGAGGAUAAUGCCCAGCAUGGAAGCAAUAUGGAAGAAGACACUAAAGGCGAUGUCGUUGCCAAUGGGCAGAACACAGAAUCAUCAUUCGAGAACCAUUCAAAUGGGGAGACAGAUGCUAAAGCUAGCGUGCCACCCGAAAGCAAUUCUGAUGAAACAGAAUUGGAAGGGUAGUGCUCGACAGUGGUCCCAUUUGGAUUUUAUUUUGUGUAAUCUUCAAAUCUGCUAAUCUACUCGAGUCAAGUGCAGUCCUUUCGUUGUAUGGAUGCCACUCAUGAACGCCCCAAUACACCUCAGAUUAUGCUGCUCUGGUAGCUAGUGAGCCUGCAAGUGAUGACUAGCUUGUGAGCCAGUAGUAGUAAAGAAGCCUAGUCUCUCUAAACGUUAACGGCCACACUUGUGCCGUGUGGGGAUGUUUGUUGGCGCUUGUCGGACGAAGAAGUGGAUUCUGAGGUUUGGAAAUUAAUUUGAGAGUUUUUCUGUAGAGUCCCAAAUGUAUGCAGAAACCAUAGGAACUCUACAUGUUUUUGGCUGACUGUUUCUAAAGUAGGUGAAAUCCUUCUGUAGCAUUGACACAACUGUAUCUUCGACGAUCUUUACGAUAUAUUAGCUUGCAAAUGAAUUAAGAUGUAAUGUUGUGGGA